AUGGAGACAAACGAAUCCAAUUUACGAAAAAGAAAUAUAAAUUUGGAGGAAGAAAUUGAAGAUAGUUCAGAAUCGGAAGAAGAAUAUAUGACAAGUAGUUCUAAUUUAGAAUCUGUAACUAAAAAUAAAAAGUCCAGACAGUUUUCUGAGAUAUGGAGUUAUUAUAUUAAGGGGGCGGAAAAAAGUCACGGACAUUAUGAAGCUACUUGUUAUUAUUGUCUUCCUAAAAAGUUUUGGGCAAGAGGAAAACCAGCAAAAUUAGAAGCACAUUUAGCGAAUGAGUGUUCCAAUUGUCCUGAGCAUAUAUCACAAUAUUGGCGAGACAAAGUAGCAGAAAGAAGUUCCAAUUAUACCCGAAAAAAAAAUGUCUUACCAUCUCCAGCACAACCAUCAAUAACAUCUCAUUUUUCAUCUAAUCAUCUAUUACCAAAAGCUACAGAAAUAGUACGAAUAAAUUGUGCAAUUGAUAAAGAAAUAGAUAAAGCUGAUUAUUUAACUCUAGAGGCAAUAACAAAUCAAGAAAUAGUUAGUUUAAUAUCUAAUGAAGAUUUUUUUAUAACCUGUCGACUAGUACGUUCCAUUUGGCAACCUAUUAAAGAAAUAAUCUAUGCAUUGGAAGCUAAUGAAGCAACAUUAGCUGAUUGUUUUGCAUAUCUAAUUGGGUUAGCCGUCGCUAUUGAACGUUUGUCUGAAAUGAACACUUUUAAAACCUCUGCAAUUAAUAUCUUUAAUCGACGAUAUGAAGAAUUUUUACAUCCACUUUAUCUUUUGGCAUAUUAUAUUCAUCCACAAUACAGAGGAAAAGGUCUAAAAGAUAAUGGGUUUCGUAAAGCAGCUCUUACGUCUCUUGAGCUUUGGCAAAAUCUUGGGCAUACUCGGUUAGAAGGCACAGAUAUUCCAAAAAUUUGGUGGGGCUAUGAAGAGGAUCAAAUAAGUGUUAAUGAUGAGACUUCAUUAGAUAAUAUAACAUCUAAUUAUUCUACAACCUUGUUAAUUGAGGAAAUUAUUGACUUAGGAAUUGAAAAUUUAGAAUCUUCUGUAGUAGAAAUGGCUCAUACCGUUUUAGCUGCUGAUUUGGAUUAUGAUCCCUGUGAUGUAUUAAAUAAUUUUUUAGAAUGUGAAAAGCAAAGCAAGUAG